GAGCCGUCUUCCGACCGUGAAGCUGAGAAGCCAGACAGUGGAGAGGCAGAGGGGGAUGAGCUGGACACCACACCUGCGCGUGUGCGAGAGCAACUACUCUCCAGCCUCCAAGUCUCUGAGGAGGAUGUCGGAAGGCUGCUGAAGAUGCCGCAGCGCUACCCCGAUGGCCGGGCACAUCCGAGCUGGAUCGCUGCACGAAGAAACAGA